CAUUUUUUCAAAUACAUGUCGAAACAUUUCUCUGUAUGGUAUGAAACUUUUUUUAAACUAUGCGGAUAUUUGUUUACAUUGGAUAAAUAUUUUUUUCCAACAUGUCACAAACAUUAUAUGUAAAAUACGUGAACGUUUCUAAAUGUAACGUACAUGUUUUUCGAGCGGUACAAUUCUUUAAUUACACGGACAUUUAUUUACACCACUCAAAAACCAACAUCUUGUUUAGAUUGCAUAGCUUUUUCUAAAUGGCACGUGCACAUGUUUUGAAAUGUUGGUACGUUUUUUUGCAUGGUAGGAACAUUUUUCUAAAACUAGAGCGAACAUUUCUUUCACACUGCAUUUACAUUUUUAAAUGCACGAUGAACACUUUGUUACAUAAAUUUACUAAUUUAUUAUAACAUGUGUAUUUAGUACUGUCCCAAAUAUUAAAAAAAAAGUAAAAAAAAAAAAGUGUGACGUCAGCAUGCCAUCAACAUAGUCGCUACCGACGACAAAGCCGUGCCCGAAUACAACUGCCAGGGAAGAAUGUUCUCGAAGACACGAGCCGCCUGGAACAAGUCCUCAAUUCCAACAGGAACACGUCUUGUUACCGCCAAUGUGCCGGUCUCUGUCCCCGACCUACCGUAGGUCGGCGCGGGAGCCGCUUCUAUAAACCUAAGUUUUACCAAUCUUCAAACCAUCAAAACCAAUAGCAAUCAGGCCGCGCGCCGCUGCGUCAUACGAACGUCUCGUCGCGCCGCGCAACCAGCACCAUGGACGGCAUCACCGCCACGUCGUGCCGCUGCAGCAGCGUGGUGUUCGUGGGCAACAUCCCGUACCAGGCGAGCGAGAAGGAGCUCCGGGACGCGUGCGAGGAGAUCGGCCCCGUGGCGUCCCUCCGCGUGGCCACCGACAAAGACAACGGCAGGCCCCGCGGCUUCGCCUUCUGCGAGUACCUCGACGACGAGACGGCCCGCAGCGCCUGCCGCAACCUGCACGGCCACCCCCUCCACGGCCGCGCGCUCCGCGUCGGCAUCGCCGCACCGGAGCAGCAGCAGCAGCAAGGGCGCCGGCGCGUCGGCGACGACGACCCGGACCUGCCCGUGGGCGUGGAGGGCGCCACGCACGCCGCGUCGCAGGUGUCCGGGACGCCCAGCGCCGCCGUGACGAGGUACCUGGCGGGGUUGAGCCGGCGCCAGCUGCGGGAGCUCCUGGACUCCGUGGCGAUGGAGCCCGCGGAGUCCGUGGAGCGGGCGAAGCGAGAGUUCAGGGGUCUCGCGACGUUAAUCGAGCAGGCGGGGAUACUGCUCGACAUGGCGGCCGCAAGUGACGCCGGUGCCGCUGGUAAGCGCCCCGGCAGUCUGCCGGAGUCGGGGCAGGGUGCACCGCCGAAGGUGAGAAAGUUGGACGAUGGCACGUCAGUUCCUUGGACCGUCGCAGGCGUUGUUGCAUGCCGCUGAUGGGUCAACUGUUUUAUUUGUUUUCUAGGUAACUUCUAAUUUUUCAUCAAGUGUAUGUAGUAUACACAUAAAUUUAGAACUCUAGAGAAUAACAAAAGCAUCACAUGGUAUAACUAACGACUCACUGCCGAUAUUGGGCAGUAUGUCAAACACUUGGCAAAGACACGGAGUGCACAGGAAAACACGCUCUGCAACCGGCUGGUACUUGGCAAAGCCUUGCCUUUGUCGAGCGAAACUACUGAGCACACGACACUAGUGUGCACGACGCGUGCACGAUGGCACAUCUACCGCUGAGUUGCCAUGCAUGAACCUGCAUGGACGGCUUGAUAGCCCCAUCGUCUACACAUCGUUCACACUGUGUCGUGUGCAUCGAGUGCAG